AUGACAACGCAGUCGUCGUCCGACGGGCGGAUGUUUACCAGCUCCAUAAUCCCCGUUAUUCCUGACUCCUCUCCAACCGCUGCAGAGGUCAUAGAGCUAUCAUCGCAGUUAAGCCUGCCAUCACCAACGUCACUGCUAGAUUUUCUAUCGACCUCGACGUCGCGUGGACCCACAAGAUCAGACACUGUUGGGGAUAAGACGCAGGGGAAGGAAGUUUUGGACACCAGGCCUAUCUUAGAAAACAGUUUUAGGCGGGAGAAUAGGGUGGUAACAGGAACAGGAGGAAAGGCUGCGACAGGGAAAAGACUUAAACGAAGAACAGAGAGCCCUGGGAACGCUUGUCAAUCAAAGAUUCAUAUCGUAUCUGGGGAACAGAUCAUUCUCGGCCAAUCAAGACCGGAGAAGAAAGCUGCGAAAACAAAGCGUACGAAGAAAGAAGAUGGUUUAAUCAACUACAAAUUGCAUGGUAGAGUUUCAAAGGCAAACCAGACUGUAAGUCGUCAGCCAGAAACGAAAAUAUCAGCACCGAAGGAAUGCAAUGACACAACGCAACCCGCUGGAAAUGACCAUAUCAAUGAUUUGGACGAUGGGUUACAGCUUGAACAGGCCACCCAAAGAAGGUUUGAUUGGACUCCUACAAAAGAUACUACGAUACCGGUGAUAGAUUUGGUUGGGGAUAGUCCAUCUUCAUGUGAGAAAAGUUUAAGCGGGAUGCGGAGCACGAGAACAAUGUUGUCUAAUUAUGAAUUCAGCGGUGUUGUGGGAACACUGGGAGGUUCAAGAUCGGAAGGCACUCCUGACGCUCCCACAACAAAGCGUCCGAUAGAGCUUCUGAAAGUCAACAACUUCAAAGAAAUAUCAGGCCUCUCAGACGACAGACAGUCCUCGAUAACCGAAGAUUCUGAGAGUGCCACGUCGAAGCCACGCAGAGUAAAGGCUAAAAAUCGGCCAAAGUCAAAAUUAACAACAAUCACUUCUUAUGCAACUGCUAAAUACACCGUAGUUGAAAAGUCAGUCAAUUUGGAUCCUGUUGAGACUCUGCUGUCUGACGAACCCGGGAAGGAAAAAAGCGCAGCCAAACGAACGUCGGGUGCCAGGUGCGCUAAGCCCGGUAGAAAGAAGUCAACUACCACAGAGAAAAAGAACGAACCUCCUAUAUUCAAGGUGGUUCAUCCACUCGAGGCCUUCAAAGCAUUUGGAGGGCAAGAGUUAUUGUUUGGGACUUCGAGCCAGCUGGCAAACGGACAUUCGGAAGAUCAACAUGAACAAAAUGAAGGAACUUCACACAUAAGCAAUUCUAGUGCUUUUCUACCGUUAUCGAGGUCAGAAUCCUCAUCUAAGGCACUUUCACAAGCUAGUUUGGGCUCUGGCUUUUUGAAAUUAUCAAGUUCAAAAAAUUUAUGGUCUGCAGGUGCUAGGGAUUUGACCGGAGCAGUUCUUGAGAUAGACGAAAUUGAUCUGUCAGAACAUCGGAUGAAGCCUUCUAUUUUUGCAUUCCAGCCCAAAGCACCACUUGGUUGCAAGGCGGAUACUCAAAUUCCACCCCAACUGGGUGAAAUUGACUCUGAUAAUUCUUGUCAAAAGCCAUUGGCGGCAAUUGAUCCUCCCGAGUUUGUCACCCGAAGCGAAACCCCAUCCGAAAAAGGAGUUUUACAUAAAUAUAUUGUGAAACCCACUCACACAAAUUCUUGUUCUCAAUCCGGGUCAAGCAUUUCGGUAGGUAGCCCUGAAAAGCCGGUUCAAGAUAAACCUAUAUUCAACGGGUUUACCACUUCAGAAUUAGCGAAGAAGGUUGCCGCAUACGGCUUCAAGCCAAUAAAGAGUAGAGAUAAAAUGAUUUCGCUUCUUGAGAAAUGUUGGGAAAAUCGAAAUAAGGCACCGAACUCGGUGCCAAAAUUAACACCAGGAGAUGGACUUUCCAAAGUUGAUGAGCCCACGAAGGGACAGUCAUUAGGACCACAUUUACAACCAAAUUCAAUUUCUCAGAAGGCAACCACGCAAGUUCCCAAGGUAAAACCGGCUAAGCGCGCUACGAAGUCCCAGGGCGUUCCCGUGUCAAGCAGGCGUUCAACCUCGACAUCCAAGGUGUCCAGGAAACGUACCGUGUCUCCUUCCGCAAUUCUGGUUGACGAUGACCAAACAAGUGACUCUACUGGAGACUCAGUUCCGCCAUCACGUCCUCGUCAACCCUCAAAGAGCUGCACACCACGUGACAGAGAAAACACCCCUGAAUCAUUCAAUCUCCCAACGACCCCCUUAACAAUACGUUCCGGAAAGGUUCCUAGUACUGUAACCUCUUCCGAAUCUCUCCCCAGCCUCUACACCCAGAUAACGGCGGCCAUAAAAGCACAACCUCGCCUCCGGGCAUUCAACGGAGUGAAACAACCUACGUGGUACGAGAAGAUACUCAUGUAUGAUCCAAUUCAGCUCGAGGACCUGGCUGUAUGGCUCAACACUGAUGGGUUUGAACGCAUUGGUGAGGAUCGUGAGGUUUGGCCCGGCUUGUUAAGGGAGUGGUGUGAAAGUAAAGGGGUAUGUUGUAUAUGGAGAAAGCAGCGGGGCGCGAGGGCUCAUUGUCCUCUGGUGAGGGCUUGA